CAACCCUACCGGAAACGCUGAAGGUACACAGAGAGGCACGAAGGCGGGCAUUUUUGAAACCUGGGUGCAAGUUAUUACAGCAAAAUCUCUUAUAACAACUCGUUAGCUGGGUUAUAUAUGUGCUUUGUAUGUGUGACUAGGAGAAACGACCAAGAUGAGUAACAAAACACCCCUAUCUGUUACGGAUGAUACUAAUUGUCCGCCCCGAAGACGAUCAGCGCGGUUAUCUCCCCCGGGUGAAAACCUCGCCAAAUCUGCUCCUCUGGGUGUUGCGAAACGGUCCAUAAUUGUAAGGAAGAUUGCACCUCGAAAAACGAAUGUUGUUCCAGAGGACAACAAAGAAAAUAAACACAGACAAUCAGGCGGAAGUCAGCAAAAGAAUCCAAAAAAGUCCGCACCAGGACCCACAGAGGCUCUGCCACCGAAGACUACCAUCCUCUCACCUAUCCUGGCCCCGUCGUCACCUUGUCCCCAGGCUCCAGAAGAGCCACAGAACUUGGUAUGGUCAAAGAAGGUGCGUCGAUCUUACAGCCGCCUCAGUCAAAGCGACCAGUCAUUCGAGAGCUCCUCCCCAUCCUCCGGGCGGCGCAGGUCUCUAUUUGGCUUUGAGAAGCUUCAGACCCCAGAGGUGAUACGGAAGGUGGAACGUUCCAAAGUGGGCGCUGAGGUUUCACGGUCGCUAUGUAGCCUUCUACAGGCUUCUAGUUCCUCCACGCUGCUGGACGGAGAUGACAGUGCAUUGGCCCCCCUGGAACCAGACGUAAACAUCCCAGGAGUGGCCUUGGUAAAGGAGAAGAAAAGGAGGAAGCGAGUUCCUCAGCUCAAGCUUACAGAAGUUGACAGUCUCGCGGCACAGAUGAACGCAGAGUUUGAAGAAGCGGAGGGAUUCGAAUUAGUGGUAGAGUGAACUCUUGAGUUCACAUAAAGACUUGUUGGUCACCUGAGAGCUGAAUUGCCAAGACUGGAGAAAGAAAUGACUUGCAGACACGUUCUGUUUUAUCAUUGAAGUCCUGGAAGAGGAGAACAGUGGUGAAUAAGUGUACCAUUUAAGAAUCUACCAUAUCUGUACAUCUGGCACAAUAUUGAUCUCUGCAAAAUGUCUACAUGGUAUACAGUAAGGGGAACAUGAAAAGGAUAUUCACAUCAGAGGGUCUUUUACUUGGCUGUUUGCUAAAAUAAUUUGUAUAGUGUUUUGGAACCUUGUGUUGAUCUACGCUGUAUUAUUAUUCUGCUAUUUGAUAUCUUCAUUUUUGAUAAGUUGAUGUCAGUUAUCUUGGCAUAUUUACUGGUCUGUUAUCCCUGUUUUAAGAUGAGUCCAUAAAUAUUUGUGUUUAACACCUUGUGCUGCCUUCUGGUCAUUGUGAGCCACCUUUUGCACCACAACGGUGGGUCACAAUGACCCGAAGGCAGCACAAGGGCAAUUAUGUCCUAACUAUAGUUGUUGAUGAAAUAGUUCUCUUUUUUUUGUGGCUUUGUCUUGUAUUAGCUAACAUACAUUUCACUAUUGAAUCUU